UUUUUUUACUUUUGUGAAUGAUAAGCGUUAUCAUUUUCUAUAACUUUAAUCAGUUUGGUAGUGGUCUUUUGAAUACGUAUAAUAGUUAUUUUUAGAAUAAAUCAUGUUUUUUUUGAAAGGCAAUAGAAUUAUUACCAUCAAAAUGCGGCCAGCAUAUAAUAAGCUUUAUAAAGCGAUGGCUGCGUAUUCUUCAAAACUUUCCCUGAACGAUGUGGUGAUCGCGUCCGCUGUGAGGACUCCAAUUGGCUCCUUUAAGGGUAGCCUGUCGAGCCUUUCAGCCACCGAACUUGGAGGUGUCGCCGUUAAAGCAGCAGUUGAAAGAGCCGGCAUUCCUAAGGAAGAAGUUAAAGAGGUAUACAUGGGAAAUGUCUGUUCUGCCGCUUUGGGCCAGGCUCCUGCGAGGCAAGCUACCAUUUUCGGAGGUCUCCCUAAAAGCACAAUCUGCACAACUGUUAAUAAAGUUUGUUCAUCUGGCAUGAAGGCCAUUGUAUUGGCCACGCAAGGUUUGCAAACUGGAACUCAAGAUGUGAUAUUAGCUGGAGGAAUGGAAUCUAUGUCAAAUGUGCCUUACUAUUUGAAGAGGGGUGAUACACCAUAUGGAGGUGUUCAGUUGAAUGAUGGCAUUUUGUAUGAUGGCUUGACUGAUGUUUAUAACAAAAUCCAUAUGGGUAACUGUGCUGAGAAUACAGCAAAGAAACUGAACAUCUCAAGGAAGGAACAAGACGACUAUGCUAUUUCAAGUUACAAGAGAAGUGCUACAGCAUAUGAAAAUAAGACUUUUGCUGAUGAGCUGGUACCAGUACCGGUGCCCCAGAAGAGAGGUGCUGCCCCAGUUAUAUUUGCAGAAGAUGAGGAGUACAAGAAGAUCAACUUUGAUAAAUUCACCUCAUUGGCAACUGUGUUCCAAAAGGAGAAUGGAACGGUGACAGCUGGUAAUGCCUCAACAUUGAAUGAUGGUGCUGCAGCCAUGGUUCUGAUGACUGCUGACGCUGCACAAAGAUUGAAUGUUAAGCCCUUGGCUCGUGUUAUUGGAUAUGCUGAUGGGGAAUGUGACCCUAUUGACUUCCCAAUUGCUCCAGCAGUUGCUAUUCCAAAAUUGCUAGCUAAGACUGGUGUCAAGAAAGAGGAUGUAGCUAUGUGGGAAAUUAAUGAAGCCUUCAGUGUUGUAGCUUUGUCCAACAUGAAAAUGCUAGAACUUGACUCUAACAAGAUUAACAUUCAUGGAGGAGCUGUAAGUCUUGGCCAUCCCAUUGGUAUGUCCGGUGCCAGAAUUGUUGUUCACUUGUGCCAUGCUCUCAAGAAGGGCGAAAAGGGUGUAGCUGCUAUCUGUAACGGUGGAGGUGGUGCCACCUCUAUCAUGAUUGAAAAAUUGUAAGUCAACAACUUCUGGACCCUUUGUUUAAAUGUCUAUGUGCCUUUUAGGAAUAAUUUGCUGUUAUUGAAUGGUUUUUUUUCUGUUUACUAGCUACCUCUAAGAGUAAAAGAUUUUUAUGAUACUGUUGAAAUAUGUAAUUUUUAUAUCCAUAUCUACUGUAAAUAAACUUUAAGAUGGAAAAGUUGUAUACUCUCAUUCUUUUCAAUAAAAUGUUUAAAUAUAUGUACAAAUGAUUUUCAUUAAUUUAUGCUUUGGUAUUCCAGAGCACACUCUACAGAUGGACCUCCAGUUUUGACUUUUUACACUAAAGACCCAUGUGGGCUAUGUGACAUAGUCAUGGAAGAAUUAGAGCCCUAUAAAGAUAGAAUAGUAAUCCAAAAAGUAUAUAUCACUGAGAAGGAAAAUGUGAGAUGGUUGAGGUUGUACAGACAUGAUAUACCUGUAUUAUUCCUAAAUGGACAGUUUUUAUGUAUGCACAAACUGAACAAAGAUUUACUUGAAUUGAGAUUGCAAAAGAUAGAAAAUGAAAAACUUCAUGAGUGAGAAAAAAUUCGAGGUCAGUUUUCAAAAUCAGGUUUUUCUUGUUCUUUAUGAGUGGUGUGUAGGUAGUAGGUAAUGUGCAUACAUAAAUAGGAUUAUAUAAAAUGUAAUGGGCUGUAUAAUGUAUCAGCGAACCAUGAAGGCCAUGUUGAAUAUUAUUGAAUGAAUUUGGUAUGUACAGUAAUUAAAUUGCUUGAUAUUGGAAA